AUGCCAAGGCCAAACUUCGGCUCUCGGUAUCGUCUUCGGGCUUGGUCUAAAUCCUGUUAUGGCUUCUCACCAAGUUACUCCACAGGCUUUGACCGGCGAGAUCUUCAACUCCACCUUGGGGGCAAAGCUGAACCUCGUAUCGACGGGAGACCGAACGGUUCAGCUCAGGGAAACCCGAGGGGGCCGCUCUGUGGAUCUGCCUGCCAGAAUCCUCCGAGAUCUAUUCGAUGUGGGUGCGGUGUCCGGCACAGAUACUUCGCCUGUCCCUAA